CGAUUUCAGUUCGUCAAAACAAUUUUAAACUUCGCUCAAUUGCGUUGAGUGUCAGUCGCGAUCGCAGCACGUGACGUACCAACUCUUUGAUGUUAAUCAGCGGCGGCAAACAUGUUAGAUGGUCCGGGAAAAGGAGCGAGGGUGUGUCCGUGUGCGUUCCGUGAACAGGUGCACUGAGGUGGGCGGGGGUGUUCCGCUUUUCUACGCCGGGCAUGUUCCAACAUAUCCACAGACUACACUACACGCUAAACAGCUGCAGCACAGCAGCGGCGGCAGCAGCCGCAGUAGCAGUGGCGAUGUAAUCCCACCACCCGAGAUGUGGAUUUGACCGUCUUUUUGGCGUCAGAGCGUUCCGGCGAUGUCUCUUCCAGCCAAAGCGACGCGCGACGGACUGCUGGAGAAGCGCAGCGGUGGUCUCCUGCAAAUAUGGAAGAAGAAGCGUUGCGUGCUGACCGACGAGGGGCUCCGUUUGCGCGGCUGCAUGGGUCAGUCGGCCGCAGGUCACGUACCCUGCGCGGCGUGGAGCUCGGGCUCCAGAGUCAAAGAGCUGCUCUUCGAGCGCAUGGUGACGGUGGACUGCGUGGAGUACAAGCGAGGAUUAGUGUACUUCACCGUGGUCAUGAACACCGGCAAGGAGAUCGACUUCCGCUGUACGCAGGACGGUACGGCGUGGAACGCGGAGAUCGCCUUGGCUCUGGUCCGCUACAAGAACCUCCAAGCCGUGCAGACUGGGAGGAAGAGACUCAUUUCCACCGCUCAUCUGAGCGGCACCGAGGAGGAUGACGAGAUGUGACAAUUUAAGUGGAAGUAUGAGUACUUGCAUGAAAGAAAAAUACAGCAUUUCGACAUCCUUGGCGUGAAGCAAUAAGAAGGGCUCCCAGGUCUUUUCCAAACGACGGGAAGAAGCAGUUGAUGCGUUACAUGAACAUUGUCAGACAGAGGUCCUUUUCUCUUAUUUCCGACAUGGAUAACCACGUGCUAUGAAGUCACUGACACUUGGAUUCUUUCACCUUUUGCGUCUUGAUAUUUCGCAAACCUCUUCCACAAGUCAUUUUGUCUCUGCUUUUGAUGGGGAAAAAAAAUACUGUUUGACUGACUUAUAAACUACCGCAAUACAGACUGAUAAUAUUAGCAAGCUUGUCCGAGGACUAUCAUGAAGAAUAACCAUUUUUGCUGUCAUUCCUGGUACAAUUUUUGUUUUCAUAAAAUGUCAUAUGGUAUAAAUAAAACAUUACUAAUACUA